AAAGGCACUGAUUUGUUUUUCCUCCUCCUCCUCCUCCUCCCAUCACAGGACUUAGUUGCUGAAGUGCUGGAUGAAUACGAGAAGCGACAGAGCAAACUCUUCUACUCCCCCAACGAUGGAAUGAUGGAAUCGGAAAUGGAGAUGGUUGAAGAGGCUGGACGACUGAGCUUCUACGAAUCGGAGAACUUUGAAGACAGUGAGGAUUUUGGUGCAACAAACGGACUGGUUUUCCCACCGGCUCUCAAUGAUGAGGGUCUGUCUCGAAUGCGCUCUAAGCGUCGGGCUCCUCUUCCUCCGCCUCUUCCUCCCAAAGGUGAGGCUCUCAAGGCUGUUGCCUCGGUGGCUGCGGCUCGCCAGUCAUGCGCCACUGCUCCAGGUCCCAUCACUAAUACAACCUCAUCUGCGUCGUCACAACAACCGACGCAUGAUUUCGGCAUUUCUUCUGUGAACACCGAUGACAAUGAUGCAAAUCGGUUAUCCGAGGGUAACGGAGAGUAUCAAACAAAGGGGACGGGGACGGGUGUACCACCGCCUCGUCCGCCCCCGCCCAAAUUUGAUACGGCCUGUGGUUUGUUGACAGACUUUGAGAAGUGUGGAUUAAGGCAUGCAGAGCGGCAAUACCAAAUGGAGCACGGGAUUGGAUUGCCACCUACGCCGAAAGUUCACUAA